UUCUUUCUAAAAUGUCAUGUAUUAAAUGUAUUAAAAAAUAGAAGGAGUAAAAAGCAACAAACUAUAUUGCAUUACAAAUUCAUAAAAUAAAAUGAAUAAGAAUGAUGCAAUUAAUAACGCUAAAUAACUCUCGACAUCCUCAAGUAUGAAGACUAGGGACGUCAUUAUCGUUAAUUAAUACGGGAUAAGUUGGGUCAUGGACUCAUGGGUUUAAUCAAUUAAGACCGUAGACCAAACAGAGCUGAGUCAGACAUCCGUACAACACUGCUGACGCGUGUCUUACUUAAUCUCUCUCUCUCUCCUCUCUACGCGUUUUCUCUCUCUACACUCUCUCCCUCCGCCGUCCUAUUUAUUAUCUCUCCUCCGCCUUCAUUCUUUCACUCUCUAACUUCAUCCCCCACUCCUAUAAGAAAAAACAAGAGAGCUCCAAAAUUCUAUAUUCGUUUUUUACCGUCUUAGAACUCGAAUUUCACUGUGGUUUUAAAAAAAAAAAACAUGGCGUCGUCUGAUGGAUUGGCGAGCGUUGAGCCUUGGUCGUUCCGACAAAGCUUCAACAUCGACUCCUGGUUACUUCCUGAUCACGACAGUGACAUACUCGCCAAAGCUCUUCACAGAUCCAUCUCUACAUCUACACCCACCGAUCCUUUUUCUCCUUCGGCUUACUUCGACUCCGCCGCCGUUGCCGAUCUUUCUCCUCCGCAAACGCUCUCUAACGUCUCCUUCGCCUCAGAUCUGGACAUCUCCGGCGCUGGUGGGGCGAACCGGAAGCGUGGUCCUGGCGUCUCCGGAGAUAAACCAGCGAAACGCCGAUCUCGAGUCUCAACGAAGAAGUCUCAGACAACCUUUAUAACGGCGGACGCGGCUAACUUCCGGCAGAUGGUUCAGCAAGUCACCGGCGCGAAGUUCAUCGGUUCUUCUUCCCACGGCAUUUUCUCUCCGAUCGUGAAGCCGGAGCCGCAUAGGCUCGCUACCAGGCUACCACCAUCGUCAUCCUCGGUGGUUCCCACGCUUGAUACGUCGUCGUUUUUGUCGAACCAUCACCAGGAGAACAUGAUCAACGAUUUUAGCUCUGUUUCAGCGCCGGCGAGUUCGGUUUUUCAGUCAAGUACGGCGUCGACGGUGAAGUCCGGUGUUGGUGGUGGCGGUGGUUCCGCCGUGGAGUUGGAUAGUUACUUCCCUACGCUUGAGUCGUGGAAAGUUAUGUGAUCGAGUCGGAUUUAUAAGUUAGUGUUUGUAGAUGUAGUCCCUUGUAUCUCUCUGUGUUUGGUUAUGAACAUCUUGUUAUCAUCCUGAGCUUUGUGGCUAUGGAGUCUCUUGUUCAUACUGUUGGGGGAUUAAUGAAUCAAUGGUUAAUGGCAAUUUUUAUAUU